AGAAGCCAAGCCGUACGAUUUGUGCGAAACUGCUGAAGAGUUUCCGUUUGCGGACCGGAUUUCCGAUCCGGCACUCCACGAGCCCGAGUGCGUUUGGGUGGUAACCACAACUACCACGAUAUCCGAAGUGGGAAAUAGACGUAAGUAUUUACUCAUGACCCCGGGCGGCGGGUACUUGUCAUGCGCAUUUUGCUUCCAUGCGCACCAUGCGGCAAGGUUUAGUAGUCUCAUAGUGGUUCUUCUUUCUCUCGAGGCGAGGCAUGCCGUUGUCUUGUCGUCAUUUUGGAAGCUGCGAUGAGUUGCCAUGUUGCCCCAUUAUAUCAGGAUGAGCAUGAGUGGAUUUUGUGUGAAGAUGCGGUUCUUGCCACUAUGGCUUACUUAAAAUUAGCAACGCACUUCUACACGAUUGUAACGGAUGAGUUUGAGACGUAGCCAGGCAGUCUGUUUCUGCGAGACUCUUCGGGACGAGAGCAGGACAACUUCCCUAUACAAAACAAGUCGCAUUUAUUUCUUGUACUAGCUCUGGGAUCGUGGGUAAUUACUCCAGGCGUUUUUCCGGAUGAUAUACAACGACGAGCACCACGACGAUAACCACGACAACACCUACGUCGGAUAGGGCUCUCAAAAGUCAGGAUGCGUCACGGAUCAUAUGA